AUGGCCACCAUCAAGGCCAUCGAAGGCCGCUCCGUGCACCAGAUCCAGUCUGGUCAGGUCAUCGUUGACCUCAAUUCCGUGUGCAAAGAAUUGGUCGAGAACAGCCUCGACGCGGGCGCCACCUCCAUCGAUAUACGCUUCAAGAACCAGGGUCUCGACUCGAUUGAAGUGCAAGACAAUGGCAAAGGCAUCAGCCCUGAGGACUUUGACAGUAUCGCCUUGAAGCACUACACGUCCAAGUUAUCCACCUACGAGGACCUGGACUCCCUGGACACCUUCGGCUUCCGUGGCGAAGCUCUGUCAUCACUAUGUGCAUUGUCAAAAUUUCAUAUAUUGACAGCCCGAGCUGAGGAUGGUCCUCUUGGUCAGAGGCUUGACUUCGAAGUCUCAGGUAAGCUCAAGAGUACCGCUGUGGCGGCGGCUCAGAAAGGCACGACCGUCUACGUCGAGGACCUCUUUCACAACCUACCCGUCCGGCGUCGUGAGCUAGAGAAGAACAUCAAGCGCGAGUACAACAAGGUGCUCGGACUCAUGCACUCUUAUGCCUGUAUCAGCACAGGAGUACGCUUCUCUUUCAGCAACACGAUGCCCAAAGGCAAGAAGAUGUCGGUAUUCUCGACAAAGUCGAACACGACUACCAGAGAGAACAUCGCCAAUGUCUUCGGCGCGAAGACGAUGAUGGCACUGGCUAAGCUUGACUUGACCCUGGAAAUGACCCCCAGUGCAGGUCCGAGCACACAGAGCGCGAAGACUUGGUCCACGCAGCGUUCCGAUCGCUCUAUGACCGUGCGUGUCGAAGGGCACGUCUCGAAGCCUAUCUUUGGCGAGGGUCGUCAGGCUCCAGAUCGACAGAUGUACUUUGUGAAUGGUCGGCCAUGCUUACUUCCCCAGAUUUCCAAGGUCUUCAACGAAGUCUACAAAGGCUUCAAUCUAUCGCAAUCGCCCUUUGUAUUUGCCAACCUGAUCAUGGACACGAACUCCUACGACGUAAAUGUCUCACCGGACAAGCGUAGUAUCAUGCUUCAUGACCAGGCUGCGCUGCUCGAGACUCUAAGAUCUACAUUGACAGAGAUGUUCGAGCAGACGGAUCAUACUGUACCACAGUCUCAACUGCCGAACCGCAAAUUGCCAGCCUAUCAACCCUUGACAAUUGCUCGACCCAAGCUGGACGACGUUCUGUCCAGUGCAGAUCAUAGUGGAGCAGAAGACGGCGAGGAGGAGCAAGAAGAUGUCAUCGACACAGAGCCUCGUCAGCAAAGAGCGCCUGCUGGCUCGCCACCCAACUUGAUACACAAUUGGCUCGGCCGGGACACUGAGCUUAGGAAGGAGCCCAGACAGAAGCCUGCAGCUCCCGCGAAAGAGGCUAUAACGGUCGUUGCACAAGCAUAUCAAGAAGUGGCUCCAGCUGCACCAAUGGUUGCUUCAUGUGAGAACGCGGAUCGGGCAGAAACUACGGGCCAGCAAAGGGAAGAGAGCACAUCGCCUGAACCAGAGGAGAGGCCUGCUGUUGCGCAGUCGCGACCGAAAACUGAUGCUGUGCACAAUCCAGACCCACUAGGAACCCCGUAUAACGACCUUUUCUCGCAACGUCCACCGACGCAGGUAGCGUCAUCCGAGAAGAGCCUGCAAACGCCAAUUUCAGACAAGGAGCAUCCAGCUCUGGCCAUCGAGAACGAUACAGGAGCUACAGAGACCCCGAUUCCUGCCAUCUCGACAAGCUCGCAGAAGCUAGCCCCUGGUCCGGUACCCAACGCGUUCGAUCGAAUGCGCCCGAAGCGGACGCCUCUCCAGACCGCAGAAAUCACAGUUGGCGAUGUUACUAUGACGGCCACUAUAGGCAGCAGCCCGCCAUACAAGAAGCGCCGCAUAUGUAAGCCCGAUGACUCCCAGCGAGUGGCUGACUACGGCGCCAGUCCUUCCCUCGCCGGCGGUCUGCGUAAGAGCUUUGCAGCCCCUGGUUCACAAUUGGAACUAGAAAGCAGUGCAUACCCUGUUCAUCAGGUGCCAGUGGAGGCAAGUGAAAGCGAGGAUGAGAUCGAACCCGAUACGGCCGUUCAUCGUACAGUCACAACUGCUUUGAGCCGCACUUCUGCUCCAUCGCACCUGCCUACCUCCGACUUGCUAGAAGAUCUGGUGCCAGCUCCGGCAGACCAAGACGAAUGGGAUGAAGAGUACAUCGAUGAAGACGAAAGGAAGCUUCGAGAAGAUGAACGUGUAGCCCGAUUAAUACAGGAAGCAGAAGAAGUGGCUGCCAGGCCGACUGAGGUGAACCUUAAACGAGCAGCGCAAGUGCUUAAGAACAGCGGUAAUCGAAAAGGCUCCACUUUGCAGCUCGCCAGGUUCGUGCAAACGACUUCGGAAUCGAUCAGAGCCCAGCUUGGGAAGAUCGCUUCAGCUCAGCAACCUUGCUACGACCGCACCGGUCACACUGGAGAAGGCGAUAGCGCCAUCGUCAAGGAUCAGCUUGACUCGGAAGAUGCAGAGUCGCGGCUGUCAUUGACCGUGACCAAGUCGGACUUUGCUCGUAUGCGAAUCAUUGGUCAAUUCAACAUGGGCUUCAUCCUCGCUGUACGCCCUGGAGAAAAGCCUGGAGACGAGGACGACAUGUUCAUCAUCGAUCAGCACGCCGCUGACGAGAAGUACAACUACGAGCGUUUUCAACGCACUGUCACAUUGCAAUCGCAACGUCUGGUGCUUCCCAAGACUUUGGAGCUCAGCGCUAUUGAAGAAGAGAUCAUACUCAAUCAUAGUGACGCUCUGAAAUUGAAUGGUUUCGAGGUUGAGAUCACGUCUAACGGUACUGACUCAGACGAGCCCGUGCCCACCGGCCAGCGUUGUCGUCUACUGACAUUGCCCAUGUCGAAAGAGAAGACGUUCGAUCUCUCAGAUCUGGAAGAGCUGCUGCACCUGCUGUCAGAGCACCCACCCGGAAGCUCUGAGAUCCCGCGUCCGAGAAAGGUUCAGCGGAUGCUGGCCAUGAGGGCAUGUCGAAGCUCCAUUAUGGUCGGAAGGACGCUCACUCAUGCCCAAAUGAAGAAGGUCGUGAAACACAUGGGAGAAAUGGAGAAGCCCUGGAAUUGCCCCCAUGGCAGACCGACUAUGAGACACCUGGCAGGAUUGAAUGCCUGGUCCGGCUGGCAGGAAGGUGAUUUGAUCGACGCUGAUCAACUUGAUGCCGCAGAAAAUGCACAGCCGGGGCGUACGACAGACUGGAAGGCUUGGCUUGAGUCUCGAGCUUGAAUUGAACAUUUUCAUGUAUGAGUUUUGCUUACGAGUAGCGUUAGAUACCCCGGUGCGAUUUCUAGAUCGUUGCUGGCGCGUUGCCCUGGGCAAUGCCAUUGUGCGACCCCUCUGCAGAGACUUGCAAAUCCCAACAUACC